AAACCGGGCAAAAUCAACUGGUAUUUUUCUAAACUGUCCAGUUUGGGUGAGUCUGUGCCCAUGAUAGCCUCAGAUUCCUGUUCUUGGCUGUCAGGAGUGGAAUCUGAUGUGGUUGUUGUUUUGUUGUGCAUGCUGAGAUGCUUUCUGUUCACCAGGGAUGUAUAGACUGAUUAUUUCAGAUACUAUACACUUCUUAUCAGCUCAAAUCUGUUGUGCUUGAAAUUCCCAGGAGAUCAGCAGUUUCUCAAAUAAUCAAACCAGCCCUUCUGGUACCAAUAACCCUGCCACGGUUAAAGUCACAGACAUCACACUUUUCCCUCAUUCUGAUGUUUGAUGUGAACAUUAACUGAAGCUUUUGACCUGCAUGUACAUUUAUGAUUUUUAUGCAUUUCACUCGACUGGCUAAUUAGAUAACUGCAUUAAUGUGUAGGUGUAAAGGUGUUCCUAAAAUAGUGGACGGUGAGUAUAAGUGCAUAAGGGUACUUAAUAUAGCAAUGUUUUAUCUAUUUCAAAUUUUAAAGCUUCAUUGCCAAGACAAACGUAGCUGAUUCUGAGCAUGGAGGUGAGGUCAGGAUAUCUUACAUAAGCAUUCUCUUUUUCUGUGCCAGUUCCUCCUCGUAAAAAUACACUCUGUUCGAAGCCGCCAUUAUCCUAUUACAGGUUAUUUCAAGUGAUCACCCCUUUAGUAUGACACCAACAUAAGAGGUUUAGAAACCCUGUCUUGAGCUCAGUGUGCGACUGGUCAGCAGUGCUAAAAGAGCCACGGGCUACAGGAGGCAUGUUAAAUGCCUAGCUGGAGACCCGGAGUGCGAACCUGAAGAAGGUGUGGCACGAAGAAUUUCCUCAGACAUGGGCAACAACCACGCCACCCUGGACGACAUCCUGGCCGAGGACAUGCACCACUGGUACAACAAGUUCAUGAAGGAGUCUCCAUCAGGCUUGAUCACACUCUUUGAGCUGAAGUCCAUCCUCGGGCUGCAGGGGAUGCCUGAGGAUGCUAACGGUUAUGUGGACCAGGUCUUCCACACAUUUGACAUGGAUGGGGAUGGAUACAUAGACUUUGUGGAAUACAUCGCUGCAAUCAGUCUGAUGCUUAAAGGUGAAAUCAACCAGAAAUUAAAAUGGUAUUUUAAACUCUUCGACCAGGACGGCAAUGGAAAAAUAGACAAAGAGGAACUGGAGACAAUAUUCACGGCCAUACAGGACAUCACACAAAACCGGAGCAUUGUACCAGAAGAGAUAGUAGCACUUAUAUUUGAAAAAAUUGAUGUCAGUGGAGAAGGUGAAUUAACACUUGAGGAAUUCAUUGAAGGAGCCAGAGGGCACCCAGAUAUAAUGGAGAUGCUAAAGAAAAUAAUGGACCUGACACCAGUGCUAGAGAUUAUCGUUGAAGGACGACAGAAACCAGGCAACGGCGAACAAGGCUAGACGGGAACUUAAGAUCAAUUUCAUUCUGGAGAGGUUCACUGACACUUUAAAAACCUCAUUGACAGCACAAGGCACUACAGCACAGCAAUGGUACUGGAACACCAGCAUAAUGAUGAUAAUGCUCAGCAAACUUCAUUGUAUUGAACAAUAACUCUAAGAACAGUAAAAGCUAAAUCACGCGUAAAAACAAAAUGAUAAAACCCAGAAGAUUCAACCACUAACAUCAGCUAAAAUAGUUUCUUCCUUUCUUCUUUCAUGCAUCUUGAGAUUUCUGAUGAGCCAAAGUGUAACUUUAAGCCAGCCAGCUACUGUAACUAGCUAGACCAGAAGCUAGCUGUCCAAAACAUGCAGACUUCAUAUACUAUUCUUCAGAAGAAAAAAAAAUGUUUAUGCAGCUCAGAUGCAUAAACUGGAGGAGCUUCCUCGGGUAUUUGACUGAAGAGAAGCAAUGGAAAGGUAGACUGAUCUUUUAAUGCUUUAAGGGGCUCAAAACACUGAGAGUGACAUGACAGAACUUGGCAAAGCAGUGACUGGCAACAUGUUGCUUUAUAAGGAAAGGCUUAGCUGUGAAAAGUCUGUGGAGACAGCAAGUGCACUAAUUCAAACUUACGUUUAUAUUAAGAAUUUAUACUUUUUCAUAGAGAGAAUAGAAAAUCCAUUGGUUUUGUUACAGUACAGUCAAUUAUAUCUUAGUAUAUAUCUCUAUAUGUUAGUACAAAAAUGAUGGACAUGGAUCAUA